UGGCAUGGCAGGGAAGGAAUCCGUUUCCGUUAAGACAAAAGUAUCAUCAAUCCAACCAUUAAAACCCAAAAUCUCAACCGGAAACCGAAAAUCAUCCUCCGAGACUCACCAUUUCCCAAAUGCCCCCAUCUCCACCUCAUUCCUCCUCCUGGACCAUCUCCCCCGACCUCGACGACAUCGACCUCGACGCUUCAGACUUCACCGCCUCCGUGCCCCUCAAAAAGGUCCCCAACGGAGACGUCUUCGAGUCCUCUCGUGCCGGCGACGUCGACCGUCUCCAUUACCUCCUCGAGUCCGGUGUCAACGUUAACGCCCGUGAUAACUGGGACUCCGUUGCCUUGUAUUACGCUUGCUUAGCUGGCCACUUGGAUGCCGCCCGUAUGUUACUGGAGAAUGGAGCCAUCUGCUCCGAACAUACGUUUGAUGGAGACAGGUGUCACUACGCUGCUUUGAACUUGAAGGUUCGGAAACUUCUCAAGGCUUUCGAGGCCCGUCCUCCGCCUCUUGGGCCGUUGCAGGGUGCCCUUAGGGACACUUUCUUGAGCUGUGGGGCUAAUCAGGCUUAUCUCGACCAGGCUGCUGAGAGUGGAUUACAUUUUGAGGUUUCAGGUCUUGCAUCAAAUGGGGCAUCAAGUUCCUAUCAGUUCCCCCCAGAUGUUGUAUUUUUUGUGCAAGGCAGACCCAUUGAAGCUCAUAGAGUUGUUUUAAGUGCCCGGUCACCAUUUUUUAAGAGAAAAUUUGAAACAGAUUGGAAAGAUCGCAGUGAAGUGCGAUUUUCAAGAGAAAAGUUAUCUUAUCCUGCUCUAUACAGCCUCAUCCACUUCUUUUAUUCUGACAGACUAGAGGUUGCUGUAGAUGAUAUGGAAGAUCUUGUGAGAAUUUGUAAAGUAUGCAAAUGUGAUUCGUUACAAAGGGUUCUAGAGAAAGAACUGAUUCACCAAAAAUAUGCUGAAUACAAAGCACUGAGAGACGUGGACAACUCUCAAAAACGGUUUAUUUUGCAGGGCCUGUCCCUCCCUGAGGAAGACCGGCUUCCUGCUGCCUUGCAUCGGGUCCUUCAAAUUUCCCUGGCAAAGUCUCCCAAGGAAUGCGACCUAGACAAUGGUGUUGAUACAUUACAGUAUUAUGUUGGUGCAAUGCAGAUAAGUGACUCUCUGGAUGAUCUUGCAGAUGUUUGUGUUAGAGUUGACAAAAGGAUUUUUCGUUGCCAUCAAGUUGUUUUGGCAUCAAGAUCAGAAUAUUUUAAUGCAAGAUUAUCUCGUAUGAAAGAUUUUCAUGAAGGGAAAGAUGAGUUAAUUAGUGAUACCCUUCCAUUUCUGGAAGAACAUGACUUGAGUGCUGAGGCAUUUGAGAAAAUGAUUGAGUAUAUGUACACUGAUGGUUUGACAGAUAUAGAUCCAGAUCAGGCAGAGGAAAUGUUUGAUGCUGCUUCUCGGUAUCUAUUAUUUCCUCUUAAGCGUGCUGUAGCUGAUGUAUUGCUCCCACACCUAGAGAUGGUCUCACCAGCAGAAUUGUGCCAUUGGCUAAUAUUGUCUGACAUGUAUGGUGUUCUGAAGAUAAGAGAGUAUUGUCUAGAUACCAUUGCUUGUAACUUUGAGACAUUUGCUGACAUAUGUGAGUUCCGAGCAAUGCUUUUGACACUGCCGCCACCAUCUGGAGAUUCCUCACUCCGGACAACUGUUCCAAGUGCCCCAGGAGCUGCAAUUAAUACAGACCAAGCAAAUCUUCUGGAUGAUCUUCGGGAAAAAUGGCUUGAAGCAGAAGGUGCUGAGCUUGACAAGAGAGAUGAGAGCGCUUUACUCUUUGAUAAGCGCCUAGAGAUGCUUAUGCUUGUAGCAGAACAAGAAAAAUCUGUUCCUUCUGCUGAAGAUGGCCAAGAUUGCUUUAUAUGAGUGUUAUACUUUUCAUCUCUGUCUUUGUUUCAAAUGAACAACACAUAAAUGUUAAGCAUAGACAUUUUUUCCCCUUAGAUAUGUUAAUGUCUCAUUUGUAGCCUCGCUAUAUCCAAAACAAAAAGAUCUCUGGGUGUUUUUGUUACCUCAUUUGCUCAAAAACUAUAGUAUCGAGGAUAACACAGACAAGACUUUCUUGUAUACUUUGUCUCAAAUGCAUAGUUUUGAUGAUAGCAUA